AUGGCAUACAUGGCUCUUGAAGUUAUCGACUAUCAGCGCUUGCUGGAACGAGACAACAAUGAGAUCAAGAAGUUGGUCAGCAUUUGCUCCAAUGCCGGGCUGUUCUUUUUGGACUUGAGAGGAAAAGAGAGCAAAUCCCUAUUGGCAGAUCUGCAGCCCAUCAUCGAUGCUCAGCGCAACUUCUUUGGGCAGAAGCCCGAGAUGAAGAUGCCGUACGCGAGCCCUCUCGAUGGUCGAGGAUACGACAGCUUUGACGAGAUUUUCGUACAGAGACUCAAGUUGUCGCGCGAGGAACAGGUUCAGGGCUGUCUUGCUCUGCCUAAAGACCUGCAAGCAGUUGAGACCAAAGUCAACAACGUAUCCUCAAGAAUUGAUGCCAUUCUUCGGGACAUCUCCAUGCUGCUAUGCCAGAACUUGGACCCUCCUAUUGCGACCAACGUUGUGGACAAUCCUAGCAGCACCGGUCUGAGUAACUUGUGUCUGGGUAUAUCGGCUGCAAAGGCUGGAACUCCAGUGAUGGGUGAGCAUUUGGACGAGGACCUCCUGACGCUCACGUUCUACGAUGAACCGUUUUUGGAGGUGCUGGACAGACAGGCACAAACGUGGAAACUCGUUGAUGUGUUGGAACAUUUGCCUAUUGUGAAUGUCGGCGAUAGAUUUCAGAACUUUUCUGAUGGUCGACUGCAUGCACCUUUGCAUCGGGUUAAGCAGACGCCGAAUGAGAUAGAUCUUAUCAUGUAUGAUUUGGAUGCAAGUAUACAGCAGGUGUGCUGA